UGGCUGCCGCGUGCGCCCCGAACGCCCACACGCUCUUGGCGCAAUGAGUGCCUGCGGCGGGCGCUGCGAGACGGUGGCGCACUGCGCCCACGCACCGGCAAGGGCUUCCGGGCGGCGCUCGAGGCCGGCCGGCAGUGUGGCACGCGCAUCGGUGCCCUUAGGGGCCGGCCGCCGCACAAGCGAGGCGAGAGGCUGAGCGCCGCUGGCUAUAUAGAGGCAGCGCUGUGGAGCAACGGCACACGCUGGCCCACCCUUCCCUUCGCUCUUCCACCCUUUUGUCCUCCAUCUUUCUACCCCGCCAUGCUUAGCAUGCACGACUGCACGGCGCUGGCGCUGGCGCUCGUGUGCGCCGCAUGCCUCUUUGCCGCCGGCCUGCGCGCCGGCUCGCUGCCGUGGUUCGGCGAGGUGUGGCACAUGCGGCGCAUCAAGGGCUUCGCGGCAAUGCGCUUGCCACAGCUGCUGGCGCCGGCGCAGCACGGCGUCGUGCGCGUGCGCGUGCUCGGCAAGCCGCUCGUCGUCGUCGCGGACCCGCUGGCGAUGGACGGCAUGACGCGCGGCAGCGAGCGCCGCAACUUUAGCCUCGAGGCCUUUCGCCACGAGCGGCACUUUGACGAGCGCAUCCAGGGCUGCUCCGCGGCAGGCGCGCGGCCCGAGGUGGUCGUGGCCGUCGCGGCGCUGUACAGCCAGGGCAUGGGCGGCAACAAUGGCGCGUCCAUCUGCGACUCGCUGUACGAGCUCACUACGGAGCGCUUCGCCUCGCACCCGCCGCCGCAAGGCCGCUCCGACCUGCGGGACUGGAUCGCGCGCACCAGCUUCAUCAUUGCAAAUACGGCCAUCUUCGGGCGCAACUUCCCCGCCACCGCCGCGUACGACGACUUUCUCGCGUUCGACGAGCACUUCUUUGCCCUCUCGCGCGGGCGGCGGGCGCCGGCGGGCACGGCGGCGCGCGAGCGCCUCGUGCGUUUGAUGAACCGCUACCUCGACGAGCACCUCGUGUCGGCGACGGCGCUCGUGCGCGACCUGCACGAGAAGCUCGCGAGCGAGAAGUAUGCCGUGUCGCGCGACGACAUUGCGCGGCACCUGAUGAUGCUGCUCUGGGCGGGCGCGAGCAACCUGGGCUUUGCCACGCUGUGGCAGACGAUCUUUGUCGUCAACGACGCCGAGUCGCUGCGCCGCGUGCGCGCCGAGACGUGUCCGACGUCGAGCCGCCCGUCGUUUGUGUUUGACUCGCAGGACAUGUCGUCGUGCCCGAACAUCGUGACCAUCGCCGACGAGACGCUGCGCUACCAGGCAUCGUCGAUGUCGUGGCGCAUGUGCCUCAAGGACACGCUGCUGCCCUGCGCCGACGGCUCGGUCUUCCACGUGCGCAAGGGCGAGAUGGUCUGCGGCAUUCCCUACUCGUGGCACCACUCGGCGGCGCUGUGGACGCAGCCGCAUGCCUUUGCGCCCUUCGACAACUUUCCCGCCGGGCGGCCGCGCGGCGACUCGUACAGCUCCGUCUCGCGCUCGCGCGGCAACUCGUACAGCUCGAUGUCGCGCUCGCGCGGCGACUCGCUCAGCUCCGAGUCCGGCGCGCUGCUCGACGGCAAGGCGGCGCUGCAGCGCUUCCACCCGUGGGGCGGCGGCGCGACCAUCUGUCCCGGACGCCGCGUCGCCAUCACGCACAUGCGCGUCUUCCUCGCGACCUUCUUCGCCACGUUUGACGUCGUCGACGCCGACGCCGUGCCGCCGGGCAACUGGGCGACGAAGACGGGGCCGGGCAUCGUCGUGCCGGCGCGCGAGUGGUGCGCCACACUUACCAAGCGCGCAUAGCCCCAGUGCGCUGUGCUGUGGCCCUGUGCUGUGGCCCUGCGCUGCGACAGGACUCGCACUCCCAGACCCUCUCGCGUGACUCGUUCAAUUCAGACGCUGGCCGUCGCCU